AUGACUUCUGUAGUUCGUCUCAUCUAUCUUGGAGAAGAUGUUGCGUCGCCGAAGCUCGCCGAUCCCAACGAUGACAUAUGCGCAUCUUUCGCGUUUAAGUUUGUCCACAGCACUGCAAUAGUGAAAGACCAGUCAUCGACUAAAGUAACUCAUUAUGGCGAGUCCGACGAUUACGUGUUUCUUACAGAGGCCACAAAGGAGCAAAAAUUAAAAGAGAGAGGGAAGAAAGACCAAACGAUAAGGAUUCAAGACCCCAAAGAAGUUCAUUUUCGACCCUGGUUGACUCGACGUCCUUGUCGAGUACCGUUUGGUAAACUAAAGGAUAUAGAGACUUUGGGAGUGCUGUACACUACUGGUCUCAAAGUCUCCGCAAAAGCUAAAUUUCUCCAAAUUAUUGCAAUCACCAUGGUAGAACGAUCUAAAUACAAUUAUCAAAAAUGGCUAAACAUCUGUCUCAAAAGAGCGGACGAUGCCAACAUUUUUAAGCAUGCCCACGAAACUAGGUCCCUAAAAGUAGAUUUCAAAAUCCCAGCCCCAGAUGAGAGAAUAUUAGAUCCAACGAAAGGGUGGUUGUAUGAUUCUACGAGGGAAGACCAUAUAUUGUGUUGUCCGAAAAGUGGUAGACCCGUAUUUGAUAAGAAUGGCAAGCUCAGCUGGGCUUUGGAUCUCAAGCCAAAGCCGAGAAGAACAAUUUCGCUACCGGAAAGCGUACCGAAAAAGCAGGAGAAAAAACAGGAGACAAAACACGCGAAGAAACAAUCUACCAGUCAAUCUGAAUCUACCAGUAUUCCAAGGCCUAUUGCAGGAACUCACAGGUUGCAAAAGAUUAGAUGA